UAAUGCUGAUAUCCAGCACACAGUCUUCACACAUGGUCUGCAGCACCUGCACCAUGUCCCCUGUAAAAGACCUCCACGUCACAUGACCUGUGGUGAAGGAGUGGAUGGCUUCAUCAGUCUCCAUGACGACAGCGCAAACUCGUCCUUUAGCGCAUGCUUCUACCACACCGAUGGGAGUAUUUGCGAGACUUCGCCUCGCUGCCACUCCAUUCCUUACCUGGGUCUCACAUCCACCCAGCUCCCUGACAGAGUAGUGGGCUGGGGUCCUGGAGCUGUUGUGGACCUACUUGAUGGGCAGCUGAGGCCCUUGGCUCAGGCCAUGGGGCCCCUGGAUGUGAGGACGUGCACGGCCACAGACAAUCCCACCGAGGUGGUGACGGCCGGCGAGGGGAACGUUUGCCUGUGGUGCCUCACUCACAUGGUGCCCCAGGUGCAGGUGGUGGAGGGCUUGGAGAAGCAGGUGUUCACCCAGCUGGCCCUGGCUCCUCGACUCUCCAAGUAUGGCCACAGGGCGUUUGCAGUGUAUGGGAGUGCAGUGACUGUGGUAGAUCUCAAAAAGGGGGUAAUCCUGGAGAGGAGGAGUCUACAUCAGAGGGAUAUAACUGCUAUAACAUACUGCGCUCACAUGGACUAUUUGGUCACUGCCGCCAGAGAUGUGACCAUCAGAGUUUGGGGACCAGACUGGGAGCUCAAAGUAGCAUUUGUGGGUCACUCAGGGUUGGUGACGUCCCUGGUGUGCUGUCCUCGCUCGGGUCUCCUCCUGUCCUGCUCUCUGGAUUUGACUCUGCGCUGCUGGUCCCUGGAGGAGGGGGACCAGGUGCAGAAGAUCAGGGUGGCGGGGAUCCACCCCCCUCUGGCCAUGGGGGGACCAGUGAAAGGCGGUACCUUCUUUACUUUCUCCGAGGAUGGGGUGGACUUCUGGAAUAUCAACAGCCUCUAUCAGCUCCACUGCAAGCUCGGUGGAGACUUUUGCGGGCCUGUCCGUCAAAUGAUAGUCCCGCCCUGUCCCCCGCCGUAUCCAGCCCGUGUGCUCUGUAUCCACGGCGACCGCGAUGUGACCCUCAUCUCGGCUUGUACCGGAGCCAUCCUCACGGGGUUAACCGCGGGCCGCAAGGUACUCUGCGCAGAGUACUGUUUGCUGAAAGAGACCAUACUAGUCCUCACGGAAGAUGGGGUUAUGCUAACAACUAGCGCGCUAACCAAUCCCAUCACCGUGCUGGACGAGUGGGCGGGGCAGGGCCAGGAGCCACAGCAGUGGGAGGAUGGGGAGGGAGACGGGCAGGACUCGGGUCCUGGCCCAGCGUCCUGCCUGGUGCUCUAUCGCAGCUUGGCCGACAGGAAGAGAGCCCUGCAGGAGUGGAGAGACCUACAGGAGAUGCGAGGCAAGAGAGCCAAGAAACAGAAAUACGUGAAUGACCCCAAGAACAGGUUUCUAGUGGUGCUGGGCCAUCACAGAGGCUAUGUGACCGUGCUGAAGCUGUUCACACAGAAAGUCCAGUACACCACACCGGCUCACAAAGGCCAAAAUAUCACCAUCAUACAGGCUCAUCCUGAGACUAGCUACCUUCUCACAGCAGGUGAAGACAAGUCAGUUCUGGUGUGGAGAGUGUUCCCCUACGCUGAGGAGUGCCUGAGUGUGCACCUGAGCAUCUUCUGUGGGCAGCCCCCCCUGCACCUGGCCCUGCUGGGGCCUUUGCUGGCCCUUACCUUCCAGGAGCCCGAGAGCGCCACCUACAGUCUGGCAUAUUACCACAUGGACAACAAGAGACGCCUGGACCACCCGCCCCGACAGGACCACCUGGGCUGUAUCACGGGUCUCACUGUUAAUUGUCAGCAUCGAGCGUUUGCCUCCUGCAGUGAAGAUGGGACUGUACGAAUCUGGAAUGAGGAGAAUCGCUUGGUAAGGAUACUGGAACUGUUUACUGAGCUAGAUUGCCUAGCCUUCAUUGGCUAUAAAGAAGACCUGCUACUGGGCAUCAGAGGAAACCUGUACUAUAUCAGCUUCUCCCAGAUACUGCCCCAAGACCUCCCACUUCAGCCGCUGUGUUUAGAGAAAUUUGAUCCAGUUCCUGAUCUGCCAAUACCCCGUAAAGCUUCAUGUAAAAGCAAACGGCGGUCUGUAUGUUCCGUUCCGUCUGAGCAAGACCAGGAUGUGACAGUAGACCCGGAUCUGGCGGCUCUGCAGGCUCGGAAUAGAGAUUUAGAGGCUCUCCAGCAGGGGGAGCUAGAGAUCAGGUGUAAGCCAAAGAAACGCCCCCGAGCCCUCAGAAAGCGCAUCAGAAAGGAAGCGUUCGAUGCCUAUAUGAAACUCAUAUAUAAAGAGCCUGUCAAAAUUGAUGUACCAGAGGUGGACCAAUUUGAUCUAAACUUUACCAUGUUUCCCCCAAAACCUUGUGAAGAACGUCCUGUAACCCCACCGAUCCUCAAUGAGGGUUUCUUUUCAAACCACGCCAAGAAGGCAGCUAACAAUACUGCCCAACCAGACCAGGAGAGACACAAAAUAUCUAUCCCCGAACCAUACACAAAUAUGGGCUUCAUUCCCAACUCUGCGCUGAUAGACCAGCUGUGGCCUAGGCCAGCGGUCGAAGAUACUCUGCCUCCCAGUCCGCAGGAGACGGAGGAAUGGAAGCUUCGCCAAUGGGACUCUUUGUCCUCCGUGACCAAGUUUUUGGAAUACGACGACACGGACAUAGAGGGAGAGGAGUCAGAUGAAGAGGAGCGGGUGCUUUUCCUGGACUCCCCCGAGCCAGAGAUCACGCUGAGCCCUCUGAAGCCACCAACUCCUCCACCGGUGGCGGUAGUGGAAGAGUCAUCAGCCGUCGAGGAAAAAAAACCUAAGACGCGGAAGACUCUGCCUCCUGUGAAAGACAUCAAGCCUCGACCACGGCGAGUUACUACUCCCCGGGAACCCAGUCCACCACCCGCACGGACCCCCUCGCCAACUCUCCCCGAGUUCCUUGUGCAGUUCCUUGAAGAACUCUGGUUCAAGGACAUCUUUCCAGACAUCAAGUGUAUUCCAGCACCACUCAGUCCUGAAGACUUUGUCAAGCACCUGUUGGAGUUCAUGAAGGGAGCUGACACCUCCGUUAAGAUGCACCUCAUGACUGCACUGCUGACUCUGUCCCAGCAGGGGGUGCUGAAGGACUCUGGUCUCGUCUUCAGAGGUUUGGUGGCCUUUCUGAGCCACUGCAUCACAACUGACAUGACGGAGGCAGACCUUCGCUUUGCCCAGGAGCUGCUGAACAUACUGGUGUGUCUGUGCGCUAACGACAGCGCUUUCAUGGUAGAGCUUCUCGUCCUUAUGGCUCACAAGCAGUUGGACUUCCAGAAGACUAUAUUGUCUCUGCUGCGGAAGAUGGGACUAAAGGAAGAUGAAACGAAACUGAUGGAGGAGCUUAAUUCCUGGCAGGAUAUGGUCAAGGGCCAGUCGGACAUUUGGCAAGGGCUGAGAAGAAAAGCUGGCAGCUGGCUCAACAUCUGGACUGUCAAAUAUAAGGAGCAGAACAGGGCCUUGCUUCUUCAGAGCUCUGGCAUGAUAAGUGGCAUCCCGCCGGUGGAGGUGCUCAAUUACUUCUGCGCGCUGCCAGAGAUCACCGAGUCAGUGUCUUCACAUGUCAAGCUGGGCAGGGAUAAGGAUGCUGUGAUGAUGCCUCAUUUGGCCUCCAAGUCCAAGCCGAUAUAUCGACUCGGAGAGACGUAUAGCAUGUCCAGGACACGUGAGUCCCGAGGCAUCGUGCUCCCUCCGCUGACCUACCGACCCCUACUGCUCGGCUUCACGCGCUUCCUGAAACUGCCCCUGGCGCAGGUCCUGCUGGACCCGUUCCCCUUCUCGCCGGACCCCCACUGCCUGAAGCCCUCGCCCCGUCGCUUCUUCAUGGUGGAGCAGUCGUACGUCGGCUACUACAGAUAACACACGAGCGGCCCCUGUUGCGAGAGCCGCGUCUACGCGCGCGCCGACAGACGGGACAAGAUGUCGGACGUCGGUGGCAGGUUCAACCUUGUGGGCCGAGUAGGACAAGCAGAUGGAGGCACUCAUUGAUCGAUCAUCUGAAGAAAGUCUGUUCAUCGUGCUUCAA